GGGAAAACAAACAUUGUGGGAUGGAGGUGUCAAAUAGAGAAAUUCUUGAAGAUCAACGAAUUCUGGACAGAUAAAUCCACCUGGAAUUUUAUCGAAGAUACUUCGUGUAGGCCUCAUGCAUGGGAUUGUAAAAUCUUCUCUCCCUCCUCCACAGUCCACGUUCCAGCAAGCAAUUCAUAGUUCCCUCUCUCUCUAUCGAAGAAAUCCCUCAUCAGAGAUGACGUCCAGAUGCUCGAUUUCGUCGUCAAAGGAGGUCCCGUUGUUCCAGACGCUGAAGGGGAUUCAACAGCUCGCUGAAACUCGUCGUUUCAAGGCGUGGUUCUUGGAUCAGUUUGGGGUUCUUCAUGAUGGAAAACAACCUUACCCCGGUGCAAUUUCAACAUUGGAAAGGCUAGCUACCAGCGGUGCAAAGAUGGUGGUAAUUAGUAAUUCCUCAAGACGUGCAUCGAUAACCAUGGAAAAAUUGAAGACCCUCGGAUUUGAUCCCUCCCUCUUUUUAGGAGCCAUCACAAGUGGAGAACUAACUCAUCAAUACUUGCAAAGGAGAAAUGAUGCCUGGUUUGCAGCACUUGGAAGGUCCUGCAUUCAUAUGACCUGGAAUGACCGGGGUGCGAUAUCUCUUGAGGGUCUUGGUUUACAAGUGGUGGAUAAUGUUGAUGAAGCUGAGUUUAUUCUCGCCCAUGGCACUGAAGCCUUGGGGCUGCCUUCUGGUACUUCACUUCCUUUGACACUCGAAGAUCUAGAGGAAAUACUGAAGCAGUGUGCAGUUAAAAAAAUCCCUAUGGUUGUCGCAAAUCCAGACUUUGUAACAGUUGAGGCCAGGGCUCUGCGUGUCAUGCCAGGUACGUUGGCAUCCAAGUAUGAAAAACUUGGCGGUGAAGUAAAAUGGAUGGGAAAGCCUGAUGAGAAAAUUUAUAAAUCGGCUAUGGCCAUGGCUGGUGUGGAUGCCGUCGAUUGUAUUGCUGUCGGUGAUUCUCUCCACCAUGACAUAAAGGGUGCUAAUAUAGCUGGGAUACAAUCGGCAUUUAUAACUUGUGGGAUCCAUGCAACUGAACUUGGACUCGGUAAAUUUGGAGAUGCAGCAGACUCAUCUUCUGUGCAAGCUCUUGCAUUGACGCAUGAUGCUCAUCCGUCUUACGUACUACCUGCAUUCAUGUGGUAGUCUCUUACCUUGGUAAGUACUGUAAUACUCGCCCUGUUUGCCCCAACUAACUCUCAGAACAGAAAAUAGGGGUGGAAUAGGACCCCAUAACUCUCAGUUUACAGUUAUAGGAGUGUUAUUUUGUUCACCCACCUAAAAUAUUGGUGGGCAUUACCCACUUCGUAUUUGUCCCACCCCGGGUCUUAUUUAGAUAUGAUUAGAGCUGUCAUUUUGUAGGGCUAGAUUUUUAACCUUUCCUUCAAAAAUCAGCUCAUUCCAUAACGAAAAGUGCUUCAUCAAAUAGUACCCGUCUUGUUUCAUAAUAUUGGUCCUGAAUUUUGGAUAAAAAAUUGAAUAUACUUAUUGAUAUAUCCAAUUGAGCUAAUUUUUCAUAUAGAAGAUUAAAAAUCAAUAUUUACAAAGUGAAUGGCUUUGAUCAUCAAGAUAAAGUCCAAUUGUUUUGGCAAAAUGGCCUUAGCCAUUCCCAAAAAAUGACCAUGAAUAGUGUCAUUUGGCCAAAAAACGGCAAUGAUGGUGCAUGGCUAUUUUUCUGGCCAUUCUUUUCAAUAAUUCCAUUCGUACCCUAUUUUCAAUUAAUUGUGUAUUUGUGUGGGUCCAAUUGAGAAAAAGAAGGAUUUGGUGGUGGCUUUGGUGGUGUGGCAGAAAUGGCUUCCAAAAAUGGCAAGGCAAAUGGCCACGGCCAUAAAUGGCCAACCAUUGAGUUAUGGUUUUUAGCAGAUUUGGCCAAAAAAUGGGAAUGGCUUGAGCCAUUUCUACACCAUUGGACUUGCUCGUAGGUGAUCAAAAUAGCGCUCGUAGUAGGAAGGUUUCAUCGCUUUUAGGAACACCAAACGGAAUGAUGAACGGGGACAGACACAUGGAAUAAAUUAGCGCACGCAAAUUCUAACACUGUGGAAUCGGGCUUUAGUAAAAAAUGAUUACUGAAUAAUGCUGAUAGUACUUCGUAAAUUCAACUUUUACAUAUCUUUGCUGUGUGUGGUCAAGAUUGCUGCAUAACCAGGAUGCAUUUGGUUUCUAAAUGCAGCUUUUUUCUGGCCAAGACCUGGAAAUAUGACACAACAUGCUCGAGUCCCAGCUGUAAACAUGGCAUUUAGGUGGUUGUAUCAAUACUUCCGUUGGGUUUCUUUCUCUUUGUAUUUCCUUUAUACUCUGUUGAAAAGUGGUUGAAGUUAAAAAUCUUUCUAGUUUUUGUCUUCAGAAAAUUCUUGCCAUUGCUUUCUCAUUCGGGCGUCCACUUUGGAAACUUGAAUCCAAUUCUUGGAAUCUCGGAUCCGUUGGGUCUUUUGGUUU